AUGACCCCGCGAAACCCACCCCGCCCUGCGCUGCCCUUCCCCGCAUCCCAGUAUUUCUGCUCUCUCCGCAACUCUCUCAGAUCACUGCGACCCUGGUUAAUGAGCCCGAAGAAAGGUCCGACUCCGAGGCACUCGAAGAAGGCCGGAAGAGAGAGUGAUACGAUCACGUGUGCCGCCAGCCAUAUACAAGCGCCAGCUCAAGCUUUCGUUCUUCCACCAACCGCGAGUCUCCCUGACCGCGAUGCAAUAAGUUCGCGCUCUCAAAGGACGAGGCGACGCAGGAAAUACAGAAAACAGAAACAUAAGGACCCUAUGACGGAGGAUGCGCUUUGUUUGACGAGUCUGGACUAUGAAGCCGACGUCGACAGCUGCUUCUUGCCGCUGGGCUCGCCCCGAAGUCUAUUUGACUGUGGUUCUUUGACUGUAGAAGACAGUCUAUCCCGCAAGGCGCAAGUUGCCUCAUGCUUGCCACGGCAUACAAGUGAGGCGACCUUGGGGGACAGCCUUUUGCUCCGACCCUUGCAGUCUUUGUCCGUACAAGACAUGCUCUGCAACGCGAAGGCGACCGUGGUGACGGCUUCCGCUAGCUACGACUCAGAGGAAUGGACAGAAGAACGCGACAAUGACGUGUUGCGGGAGUAUUUCCUCGUGCGCACCAACAUCGUGCUCAACUCGAUUUGCCCCGAGCGGGCACCCCACAUCGUCAUCACUCCCGUACUAGAAACCCCUGAAGACUACUAUACCCCGUGGAAUAAUCGCGUAGACUAUCACUUCCAAGAUAAUGCCCUCCUCAUAACCCCCGGAUUCGACGUGUCGCGUCAUUCCAGGAUGCCAGGACGCGAUCCUGCAUGCUAUUGGCCCGUGGCGUCGGGUUUAUCGAUUGAGCACGGGAUCCCGCGCCGCGUCUUCAGUCCAUCACGCUUCAAUCAAGAGCUGUUCGCAACUGAAGGCGAAAGGUUGACCAUGAACCCCACUGUGACUGCUUUGCAGCGCCAUCGAUUGAAAUCUGUGGCUAUUGACGCCUGCACCAUCGCCGCAGGCUGGCAAAAACGAUACGAAGACUCUAAUGUCCUCGCAUCGAUUGAAAAACCAUUCCGAUGGACAGAUCCGGCUGAGCCAAUCUUAAAAUAUGCAAACUGGCCAGGAGUGGUCCUCUUCGAGUCUCAAAACCCCUUUGCGGCACCCCACAUCAUGUUGUACACGCCACCUCAGGAAGACCCGUGGAUAUCCCACUCGAACGCACUUAACGACCCCCAAGAUGGCGGGUUCGGCCGAUACCUCGUCGUUCCUUCACGACUCGUCAACUUCAUCAACGUCCCCAAUCCACGAUUCGACGACUAUGAUGACUACCUCGAUGAUGACCUCGAUUACUCCGAAGCUGACUCUCCACCGGAAACUCCAGAACCUGAAACUCCCAUCGAUCUAGAAGAUGGAGAGUAUUUCCCAUCGACUGGCUGGCAUCUAAACGAUGGCAACGAAGAUUCACUCAUUAACGAGACCCUUCCCUCUGGGAAGUGGUCCGAUGACUGUCGCUGGGGAGAGCCUCAAACUAAGGUUGACGCUGCUCCCUCACUGGCUGAUCUUCCACCACGCCCUUCGCAACCCAUCUUUUACAUGGAUGACGAAGAAGAGGAAGAUCUCCCACCACUCGACGAUUGGUAUCUGAGCGUUGCAGCACGCAACGGGCUUCAGAUAGCAACCUAG